AACUACGCUAACUAGUAGUUAGCUCGCGUUAGCUAAAAGUAACUGCCGCGUAAGUUAGCUUAACUUUAGAUAACAACUCUUGUAGCUCUGCUGAGGUGACAGUCAGCAAAAAUGUCAGCUUCAUAAUGCUGAGAGAACAGACACUUCACUCACACCAGUGAGAAAGAAAGAAGGCGGUGUCAGGAUCAGGAUGUAGCUCUGGGAGAGCAGCCAUCACUGUCCCCCCCUCCCUCACCACCCCGCCGAAGAUUACAGGAGCUGAAGAUCUAAGGAGCGUGGAAUUAACACUUGGGACUUCAUGAUCAUCAGUUCUUUCAACAGCAUGGGGGAUGGAAAUUAUGAGAACAAAUAAGUGAGAUUCAUUCCUGGUGAUAAUAGGACUUCUGUGACCGUGCAGUCAAUUAUUUGCAUGUCUGGUCAGUGUCAGAGCGCAUGGGGAGCGUACUCCGUGGGACUGCUUGUAUGUGAGUGACACUACCCAGCCGGUCACAGCCUCCACAGUAGCCUCAGAUACAGUUACAGCCCUGGAGGAGGAUGCCUUCCCUGCACCAUGGAGCAAUCUUCGUCGGAGCCUUCCUCAUCGUGACCGGGGGCUCCACAGCCUUCCUGGCUUCAUACCAAAGCCGCCUGCAGGCUUUCUCCCUCUGCUGCGUGGUGCUGGGGGUGGUCAUGCUCAUCCUGGGGCUGUUCUGGGCUAUGAACAGCAAAAGUGCCUCGAACCACCGGGAGUUCGACCCAGACUGUCCACAUUAUCCAUACAACGACCACUACCCGAACUUCAGCAGCCAUGCCCUCUUCACACCGUCAGGGAGCCGCUUCCCAGAGUCCCAGUCAGUGUUUCUGCCCAGGACAAUGGAACGCCACCGGUGUGCUCGCGGCGACGACUUUGACUACCCUCCCAUGGACUCUGCUGGGUUCAGUCCAUCGCCUCACCCUCCCCCGUGGCUUGAGCCCCCGCCUCCCUACGAGGUCGCCAUCAAGACCACGUGCAGCUCGACACACCUGCGGCGCGCAUACUCAGACACACACCUGGCGUCAGAGCCCCUGUUUGGACAGUCGAGGGAGAUCAGCUUUGAGGUGUGACGCUGGACGGCGGGCAUGCCUCUCUGCACAUCAGACCAAAGAAUAAACAGGCAUGAGACUGGGGCUUUCACUCAGACCCUGCAGCAGCAGCACACUUUAUCACACUUGAAGCAUGCCUCUUCCUGAUGUUGACCAGUGCUAGUCCGAGCAUGUUUUCCCUUACGUUGCUGUAAUUACAACACAGGUGUACAAACAUAUCUAAAUAUAUGGUGAAAUUAAAUGUAGGUCACACCGAAUUCAGCCUUAUCAGACCAAAGUAAAGCACCAAGACACUUUAUGUCUGUAUAAAGAGUGUGGCAGCAACAAGCCACCGUUUCACUGUAUCUUGACCGCUGUCACAAUAAAAUUCAUCCAUCACCCUCAAGCACUUGAGUUAGGUUGACACAGAAGGUUAAAGUGAAAGUUGGACAUUUGGGGAAAUGCACUUAUUUGCCAAGUUGGGUGACAAGAUUGAUACAACUCUCGUGUCUUCUUUAAAUAUAAAGAUACACCCAGGAGAUGGUUAGCUUAGCUUAGCAUAAAGACUGGAAACAGCUAGCCUGGCCCUUUCUAAAGGUAACAAAGAACUCAGGGGAGGUGUUCCUCUAAAGCUCAUUGACUGAUAUGUUGUACUUUAAUCUGUUCAAAAACAAGUCAAGAGUUUUGUGAGAUGGUACAUACUGUUCUCUUUUUUUUUGAAAGUUACAGUGACUUUCAGACUUUGUGCUAAGCUAACACAGACAUAUCACAGGUUAGAUAUUUACAUUUUAACAACAGCUGCAUUGUUCACCGACUCAGAGAAGCAGAAGAUAUUAUAUAUGGGGGAGAACAAAAACAACGGGUGAUGUCUAUGUUGGUGUUUUUCUAUAAUCUUACAAGUAUCUAGCCAUAAAUAUAGAUUUAUCAUUUUUGGAAAACUAUGAACAGAUUAUUUGGUUUCCAAGCUAAUAUGCUUAUUUUUAGAAAGUAAAAUAUAUUUCUUUUCAGGGCGUCAGGUGACACAGUCUUCUCUAUACCAUUAAAAAUCCUUCAGAUUCGCCCCCUGAAACAUCUGCUCUUAGGAUGCUGUUACAUUUAGUGACCUAUUUCAAUGAUUUGAUCAUAUUUUGAUUGACAUGGUGUUUUGUAAUGUGAGUUAAUGGUCAAAAUGGUUUCAUAUUAGCUUUAUUAACUACAUUUAGACUUGCAAUGUGUAAGAAGUUUCGUUACUCGGCUGCCUGCUUCUGGUUGUGGUGCCUAUUCUGGUGACCGCCAACAUUCCCUGCUGGGUCCUUCCGGUCUCAGGCUUUAAAACCUCCUGCUCCUCCUCCUCCUCCUCCUCUCAGUGCUCCAACCCUGUACUCAAUGCUCCCCAGUGCUGAGCUUCUGGUCCAAGCAGAGUCAGCUACUAGGACCACUAGCUGCAUGGCUAACUGAGCUAACUAGCUAGCGGCACUUUCAGUUAGCACAUGGCCCCAUAUCUGUUUAGAGUAUGAAUUAGACAGAUGGCUGAUUCUUACAUAUUGCACCUUUAGAGCACCUACAAGGAACUUUGUUAAUUCUGGUCAACAAAAAAUGGUCUGUUUUGGUACAAAAGAUGAUGAGAAAUGUGUUAAGUAAUGUAGAUUUUCUGGUGAAGUCACUGAAGUGCUUUGUAAAGGCUUUACGCAGAUGCAAACCUGACCUUUAUAUUAAGUUGGUAAUCUCAGAAAACUCAAAAUUUCAGCUCAGCAAAUCUGUAUAACUGGAUCCUCCUCCCUUCUGGGGUUUUGUGGUCAGUCAAACAAUACAGUGAUCCAUUGUUUUCUGGGUACAUCUGUAACAUCAUCCCAACCGAAUGUUCUCCUCAUCAGGAUUAACAUGCUUCAACGCAUGACGGAUAUCAUCGUGCCCUUUGGGAAAGUAGUGCUCAGGCCUGUGGGCGUCUUUCAGUUUGUGUGCCACACACGUACUUGUCAGCUUGUUGAAAGCCGAGGGAAUGAUGACUCAUCUGACCAUAUGAGAUUUUCCACUCUUCUCUAGAUCAGUGCAGCUUGCUGACAACACAGCCCGAGCUCUAAAUAUCACAACCUGACCUGUUAGUAACCACAGAAUCCCUCUAUUUUAAAGGAUCAUACAAGUGUUUUUUGCAUGUUUUGGCAAGAAAAACAACAAAUUAUGCACCCUUACGGUACAUCAUUUUCAUAUCUGUUUCAUGUUUUUCCUGCCUUGAUAUCAGCAAAAUUCAAUGUAAUGUGCAAAUCAACUUGCAGAGAACUCAAACGUGUUUCUGAAACUCAUCUGGUGCUGAUGGGAAUCUCCAACAUUCCGGACAAACAAGAAAACAUGUGCAAAAUAAAGUGAAUGUGACAUAAAAGAAAUCUUUGUCAUAAUUAAAGAAAUACAGAUGUGGUAGUCAGUAUGUGGAUAACUGUACCUAUGAAGGUUUCGUCUCUGCAUGUUGACUUUCAUGCUAUAAUUCAAUUUUAGAAAAUGCAUAAAAAUCCAAACCGAAGAUUCAUUGCAAAUGUUGUUAGAGAUGCAAAAGCAGAAGACUCUUAAAGGUGCAAAAUGUAAGAACAGGCCACCCAUUGUAUUCAUACUCCAGACUGCUGCUGAGUGGAGCUGCCAUCAGCUGGUUAGCUCAGUUAGCCGUGCAGCUAGUGGUCUCAUAGAUUCUGUAUACACUCUCGGAGCUCAGAGCACUGGGGCAGCGUCAGGAUUGUUUAUAACGCAAGCACAGAAGCUUCAGAUAACCGGGCGGCAAACUCUUUGUUAUUUCCUCAUGCUCUGUCAUCAUUUUGUGUCAUCUUUGAAUGUUUUAAACUAAUAUUCUGUGUUUUACUUCCUCACAUUUAUCAAAAUACACAAUGGCGGAUGGUGUGUAUGACUGCCAGCCCUCACAGGAGUGUUGCUGUAUACUGAAUUAUUUGUGUUGAGAUGUCCAACAACCUUCACGACCUCUAAAAUAAGAUGCUGCACUGGACUGACGACCACAAAUUCACUGUCAUGAUCUGUGACAGCACAAGGACGAUGGACCUUGGCCGCUCUGAUGGACCUACACACACACACACACACACACACACACACACACACACACUACAACAGGAGAGUUGUUAUGACUCACAACUGACAGACAAUCCACCAUGUUGUUUCUUUUAUACCUCUGAAUAUGCAUGCUUUUAUCAAAUGAUAUGUUUUUCUUGUGGAACUCAAGAGAGAAUCUUUCACCGUGUUUUUAUCGUAUUCAACUUUAUUUAAUAAAUCUGUCAUUAUGGAAAACGAUAUCAGACUCGUUAGCCAGUGAGGAAUGUUGGAAGCGUCUGUGCAGUGUGCGGUCUGAGGAUUUGAAGAAAAAAAAACAAAAAAACAACCUCCUCAUGACGUCCAUUAAGCAGCCGGUCUGGAGCUUUUGAUCAUACGAUGUAGUCUUGAUCAGAUCAGUUUCAUCUUUUUUUCCAAGCACUUUAAGUGAGAUAAAGUGCUUGUUCUCUACAAUGACGUUUCCGUGGUUAAGAGCAAACUUUUAACUUAAAAAUGUACUAUCAAUCGAUUUACAGCAUCUCAACCAUCUUCUGAAUAAUGUUGCACUGAGAAAGACUUUCAAUCCUCAAACCUCUUAUACAUAUCCACAUUUUU